AUGACAAGCUCACUCAAUAUCAAUUUUAUUAACAGCAUUCUCACACGAGCAAGCUCAUAUGGUCUGACAAUUGGUAUUUACACAAACUACAACGAAUGGAAUCAGAUUACCGGAGCAGCUUCCAUUAGCAACGCCAUGCUUUGGUACUGGAGCACAUAUGGCAGCGGAGUGUCGAACGAGACUCCAGCCAACUACAAUGACUUCGUCAGUUUCGGAGGAUGGUCCUACCCAUCUGCCAAGCAAUUCGGUCAAGUUGAAUCCGUCUGUGGAUUAACUGUGAACAGAGACGUCUUCACUUCAUCAUCAGUACCAGUUGCUGGUAUGGCCAGGCGUGAGAAGUCUGAUAGCAUCAUCGUUGGUGGCCUGGGUCUCGGAGGUGCUGCUUUCACCGGAAAAGCUGAAAUUCAAACAGUAGUCGUGUAUAGCAAUAAAUAUUUAUUGGUGGUUCGAAAAUUAUUGUCAGGAAAGGAUAUCAGGGGACUACAGUACUUAAUAGUUUCACUACAAAAGCGAAAGAUGUCUGUCGUGUCGAAAGAUGUCGAAAACGUUCAAAACUUGCUCACAGCAAAAAAAACAAUGGUAACGCAGGCUUGGCUAUUUUGUUUUAUGUGA